AUGUCUCAAGUUUGUCUACUCGACUCUGAACGACUGUCUGCUCUUCUGCGCGAAGCUUUAUCUUGGAGCGACAAUGUCUCGUCGCUCAUGGUCUCGGCUUUGAAUGGAUCAAUUCUCGCAUAUGCGUACCGAGACGAUACUCCUUCGAUUAAAGCUAUGCGCACUCAAUCUACGACCAUGACGGCCGCCUACACGGUAGCGUCCGAAGAUAUCCUCGUGUUUGAGGCACAAAACAUGGGAGCAAUCUCUGUCAUCACUCCGAUUGCAGACCAUAUCCUUCUAGCUGUCACAGGACCCGAGCCCAAGCAAACUCCGGCGCUACGAAAUGGCGAGGCAGAAGAGAUGGAACCCUACGCUGUGAACGGAGUAGAUGGUAAUCACGAAGAGGAGGACGACGAGGACGAAGAUCACCAACAGAUACGUACCGAUCUCGAGGUCGUCAGCCAGGAACUUGCGAAUGUGCUGAGGGAAGAACUGGCUCUGUUGAAAUGGCCCGAUGAUAUAUGA